GCUGCUCGAGUCGGUUCGUACCAUUCGCCGUAUACUUGCUUUUUCUGGACUUCGACAGCGACGACUCCUUGCAGAAGCCAGGGCAAGAGAAUUGAUGAUGGCGGCCUCAUAUUUUGCAACCUGAACCCCUUGCUUGUUUUUUUGACGACGUUGCUAAACAAUGGCAUGCAUAAAGCCUUCCACUGGUCGCUCUUUGGGCGAGGCUUUCAUCCCUUAGCUGGCGAUACUUCUUCUGGCAACCGCCUUUUUCUCUCUCCCCAGCUUCUGUUACAGAAUAUGGCAAUCUACCACAUUUCUGUUCGCGACUACUUCUGGCCUGCUGGUAAUGUUAUGGUUCAAUGUCCUGCACGGAACCUGAGUGCCACUUCCAGCCCUCCAAUAAUACGACCGUUGGCGGGGGUGAACAAGGGCGAGCCAAGAUUUCUUGACAGCGCGGGUAGCCUCGAAGACCGCCAUGACUCAAGACCAUAUUUGACGGAAGCCCAUGGAGUACUCGUCCCAGCAGACUCGGCUUUGGAUCGAGUGCCCAUUUGGGUCCCGUUCCGACAACAGCCAGCGAGACAGAACGACCCGCCCGUCAAGAAACACGACCGAACGCCGCUUCAAGCAACCCCCGUCGAGACUCUGUUGGCGGCAGACCUCACAACGUCAACACAACUUCAAGUGCCUAUGGACCAGAUCUGCUGGGUCCCCACCCGAGAAGCAUCAGAUGGCCGGAUAUGUACAAUCAUUGCAAGCCAGUUGACCGUCGGGCGCAAGAAUAUGUCUCAUGUGCUCUUGCAGUCUAUCGAAUCACCCGCAUCCGCCAAGUUUGCAUUGCUCUCCACGCAGGAGCUGUCCGAGUUCUCAGAAAUCGACAACAAUCGCAAGCAGCAACUCUUUGAGGUUCAUCUGAUGAUGGUGCUGAGGGGAAAGCGAUCCUUGUCUCCACCCCUCAAGAAUGCCCUCCGGCUUGUUUUAUGCUCCCAUCCACGGGCCGCGGCCAAGCGACUAUUCUGGGACGCACUGGAUGACACGACGAAGACGUCGAAAUACCUGGGAUCGGAGACUAGCGAUGACACCUUUUGGGACGAGCUCGAUAGUGACCACGAGUCCGUGUUCAACAGCCCCGGAAGUUCCGUAGCAGUUGCUCCGUCCCUCGUGAGUAUUGGCCCCUGA